AUGUCGGGCAGGUCGGUCCGCGCCGAGACACGGAGUAGGGCGAAAGAUGACAUCAAGCGGGUUAUGGCUGCUGUUGAGAAAGUACGAAAUUGGUAAGAGGGAACGCGUUAUCUAAGAGAGCAGCAAUGCUAGUGGGGGAGGAGAAAGCAGGAGAAGAAAGAACGAAAUACACAUUAAAUCAAAUUUGGUCGGAUGAUACAUCUGCUCAGGUGUACUGCGCUCUCUCGCCCUGAUCUGAGGAGGUCGCCGCUUAAAACACUUAUAAUGUAGGAAUAUCUAUUCAUAAAAAAAUGUGGGUUGAACCUAGAAGCCAUUUCGUUGCAGUUAGAUGAAGCCUUUGCUGUUCGAGCAUUCUGUAAUGCAUGAGAAGCAUGGUAGGUUACUGCUUUUUCACUGCUCGAAUGGUAUCAAUAUUAACAUCACAGCCGUAGUUCGACGACAGCGGUAUAGUGAGAAUAGUUAACGUUCGCGGGGUUUUAAAUUUAGCGCUUGGAGAGGUUCGUUCUUUUGUGUCCUGCAAAUAGAGGGCGCGCGUGCGGUGGUGGUGGUUAGACGAACUGUGCAAAGCCCGAAUUGCUUUACAAUUUUAUUUUGUAUUACUAAUAAUAUGCCCCUAUAGUAAUAUAACAUUGAAAUUGUAUAGUUUGAUGUCAUGUGGAUUUGCUUGCAAGUAGCCUGAAUGUAUAAUUACCACUAAAUUGUGUGCUUCAUUUAGUCUAAAUAAUGUGAGGCUAUUAUAGGCAGUCAUUGGGUGAAUUUCUCAAAGGUUUAGAAAGAAGUAACAACAAAUUCCUAAACCUCAAAUUAACUUGCCAAAGUAAAUGCUGAAAUACAGUUUCUAUUGGGAAUUGUAAUUUAAAUUGAUAGUACACUAAAAUAGUGUUUUGUUGACAUUAAAAAUGCAAUAUAUCAAUUGCAAACAAGUGUUUCUCAUUCCUUGUGUAACUAACGCAGGGAGAAGAAAUGGGUAACUGUCGGCGACACAUCCUUGCGAAUCUACAAGUGGGUGCCUGUGACCGAACCCAAGUCAAAUGAUGUAAGUCAUCCACAGGGUGUUUGGGGGCACCACAUUUGCCUAAUCGUUUUUGCAGGUCCUUGUAGAAUGAGACUGGGAACAGUUACUGAAGUGCGGUGGAUGAUCACCAACAUGUGCUUCCUUUCCUCAUGUCCUUUCCAAUUCCUUCUGACAUGAACUUGUCCACAAAGGUAGCCUACUAUAUUGAGAUAAAGUACAUCAUUAUGUAAUACUUAAUAAAUAUGUAAUAAAUAGUGGCACUUCAGCAUUGUAUGUGCUAUCUUGCAGAAGAGCAAAAAUAAGAAGAAAGCCAAGGAUGACAAGUACGGGUCGGAGAUCACAACACCAGAAAACAGCCCCUCUCCUGGAAUGAUGGAUAUGCAUGGUAAGCUAAAAAAGGGCAAAAUAUUUACAAAAUUAUUUUCUUUGGUUCAAUAAUAGUUGUAAAUUCAUCUUUGUCACUUUCUGUAUCUCUCAGAUGAUAACAGUAACCAGAGCUCCAUUGCUGACUGCUCUCCCAUGAAGCAGGAUAACAGCAACAGUGCCAGCCCUGCCCCAGAGGCCAUGGCAACUUCCCAGAGUGACAGCAACGAGGCUAAGAGUGACCAUAGUCAGUCCCCUGGCAAAGAGCAGCUGAAGAGCACAGACAGCAAGAGUGGUCAGUAUAUACAGUACCAGUCAAAAGUUUGGACACACAUACUCAUUCAAGGGUUUUUCUUUAUUUUUACUAUUUUCUACAUUGUAGAAUAAUAGUGAAGACAUCAAAACUAUGGAAUCAUGUAGUAACCAAAAAAGUGUUAAACAAAUCAAAAUAUUUUAUAUUUGAGAUUCUUCAAAUAGUCACCCUUUGCCUUGAUGACAGCUUUGCACACUCUUGGCAUUCUCUCAACCAGCUUCACCUGGAAUGCUUUUCCAACAGGAGUUCCCACAUAUGCUGAGCAGUUGUUGGCUGCUUUUCCUUCACUCUGCUGUCCUACUCAUACCAAACCAUCUCAAUUGGGUUGAGGUCGGGGGAUUGUGGAGGCCAGGUCAUCUGAAAUAGCCCUUACACAGCCUGGAGGUGUGUUGGGUCAUUGUCCUGUUGAAAAACAAAUGAUAGUCCCACUAAGCCCAAACCAGAUGGGAUGGCGUAUCGCUGUGGUAGCCAUGCUGGUUAUGUGUGCCUUGAAUUCUAAAUAAAUCACAGACUGUGUCACCAACAAAGCACCCCCACACCAUAACACCUUCUCCUCCAUGCUUCACAGUGGGAAAUACACAUGCGGAGAUCAUCCGUUCACCCACACCGCGUCUCACAAAGACACGGCGGUUGGAACCAAAAAUCUCCAAUUUGGACUCCAGACCAAAGGACACAUUUCCACCGGCCUAAUGUCCAUUGCUCGUGUUUCUUGGCCCAAGCAGGUCUCUUCUUAUUGGUGUCCUUUGGUAGUGGUUUCUCUGCAGCAAUUUGACUAUGAAGGCCUGAUUCACACAGUCCCCUCUGAACAGUUGAUGUUGAGAUGUGUCUGUGACUUGAACUCUGAAGCAUUUAUUUGGGGUGCAAUUUCUGAGGCUGGUAACUCUAAUGAGCUUAUCCUCUGCAGCAGAGGUAACUCUGGGUCUUCCUUUCCUGUGGCUGUCCUCAUGCGAGCCAGUUUCAUCAUAGCGCUUGAUGGUUUUUGCGACUGCACUUGAAGAAACUUUCAAAGUCCUUGACAUUUUCUGUAUUGACUGACCUUCAUGUCUUAAAGUAUUGAUGGACUGUUGUUUCUCUGUGCUUAUUUGAGCUGUUCUUGCCAUAAUAUGGACAAAUAGGGCUAUCUUCUGUAUAGCCCCCCUUUUGACAACACAACUGAUUGGCUCAAACGCAUUAAGAAAGAAAUUCCACAAAUUAACUUUUAAGAAGGCACACCUGUUAAUUGAAAUACAUUCCAGGUGACUACCUCAUGAAGCUGGUUGACAGAAUGCCAAGAGUGUGCAAAGCUGUCAUCAAGGCAAAGGGUGGCUAUUUGAAGAAUCUCAAAUAUAAAAUAUGUUGAUUUAUUUAACACUGUUUUGGUGACUACAUGACUCCAUAUGUGUUAUUUCAUAGUUUUGAUGUCUUCACUAUUAUUCUACAAUGUAGAAAAUAGUAAAAAUAAAGAAAAACCCUUGAAUGAGUAGAUGUGUCCAAACUUUUGACUGGUAGUGUAUGCUACCUAGCACAGAAGGGAGAGCACUGCCUUAGUUUAAACUAAACCAUACCAUAUACAUACUGCAACUUGUCCUCAUUAGCCCUGCUUUUGUUCUUACCUUUAGGUCUUUUCUAAGAGUAGUGCCAAUUUGUCAAAAAAUAUGGUUUAAUUUGACAGGCAGACUGCUUUCAUCCAGCCCUCAUAAUCCCAGAAUAGUAAAAAAAAUGUGCAGUUGCACAGCUGUCUCAAGAUCAAAAGGGUACAUGUUAUGUCUUCAUAAAGGACAGUUGGUGAACAAAAUGUUCUUGAAUCUUCACCAAUGUCAUUGGCAGCAUUAGCGACAUUUCUAAGAAUUAACCAAUCACCAAACAGAAUGGCUUUGAAAACCUUGAGCAAGUUUUUAUUUAAAUAUUUAAUCUAAAGAUUCAUAUUGAAAACCAUAAUCAAUGAUGAGGUUAUAGAAUAUAUAAUUAAAUGCUAAACAAGGCAGUAUUGUAAAAAAAUGGCAUCUACGGAGAGAUUUGUUCACAAGUAUGUACUCUGGGCAACAAGAGUUCGUCAAAUACACUAUAUAUACGAAAGAAUGUUGACACCCCUUAAAAUGAGUGGUUUGGCUAUUUCAGCAAACACCCGUUGCUGACCGGUGUAUAAAAUUGAGCACACAGCCAUGCAAUCGCCACAGAUAAACAUUGCCAGUAGAAUGGCCUUACUGAAGAGCACAGUGACUUUCAAUGUGGCACCGUCAUAGGAUGCCACCUUUCCAACAAGUCAGUUCGUCAAACUUCUGCCCUGCUAGAGCUGCACCGGUCAACUGUAAGUGCUGUUAUUGUGAAGUGGAAAUGUUUAGGAGCAACAACGGCUCAGCCUCGAAGUGGUAGACCAAACAAGCUCACAAAAUUUGACCGCCGAGUGCUGAUACGCGUAUUACGUAAAAAUCGUCUGUCCUCGGUUGCAACACUCACUACCGAGUUCCAAACUGCCUCUGGAAGCAACGUCAGCACAAUAACUGUUAGUCGGGAACUUCAUGAAAUGGGUUUCCAUGGCCGAGCAGCCGCACACAAGCCUAAGAUCACCAUGCGCAAUGCCAAGCAUCGGCUGGAGUGGUAUAAAGCUUGCCGCCAUUGGACUCUGGAGCAGUGGAAACGCGUUCUCUGAAGUGAUGAAUCACGCUUCACCAUCUGGCAGUCGGACAGCGGAAUCUGGGUUUGGCGGAUGCCAGGAGAACACUACCUGCCACAAUGCAUAGUGCCAACUGUAAAGUUUGGUGGAGGAGGAAUAAUGGUCUGGGGCUGUUUUUCAUGGUUCAGGCUAGGCUCCUUAGUUCCAGUGAAGGGAAAUCUUAACGCUACAGAAUACAAUGACAUACUAGACAAUUCUGUGCUUCCAACUUUGUGGCAACAGUUUUACAGUUGGGAAGGCCCUUUCCUGUUUCAGCAUGACAAUGCCCCCGUGCACAAAGCAAGGUCCAUACAGAAAUGGUUUGUCGAGAUCGGUGUGGAAGAGCUUGACUGGCCUGCACAGAGCCCUGACCUCAACCCCACCGAACACCUUUGGGAAGAAUUGGAACGCCGACUGCACUAACGCUCUAGCGGCUGAAUGGAAGCAAGUCCCCGCAGAAUGUUCUAACAUCUAGUGGAAAGCCUUCCCAGACGAGUGGAGGCUGUUAUAGCAGGAAAGGGGAACCAACUCCAUAGUAAUGCCGACGAUUUUGGAAUGAGAUGUUCGACGAGCAGGUGUCCACAUACUUUCGGUCAUGUAGUGUAUUUAGAGAACAGUUUAGCUGUUAUGUACUAGACUGGCGAACAGAUUGCUGGUUCCUCUUGUGGGCUUGAACAAAGGAUUUCACGAAGGCUUACUGUAGUAUCUGUAGUAAUGAGCUGUUAAAACGGUCUGCCAUGCUAAUGCCGUUUGAGGACAGAGUUCAAAACUCAUCACAAAGUACAGUACACUAACUUGUCAUUGCUGCAGUUUUCACCAGGUCACAAGCUAAACACCCUUGAGAAAAGUAUUUUCCAAUAUCAACCCCUUGUUCUGGACAUGGAUGUGACUCCGCAUUGUCUUACUUGCCACAAGAUGGUGCUGUAGUGUAGACUUUGAAGUCAGCUACAAUAGGGUAUUUGUGUCAUCACCCAGAAUUGGUAAUGUCAUUUUGGAGAAAAUACAGGUUAAUAAAUCUUCCUGGGUCAUUUCACAAACAGACCUUGUCUACCAAGUCCUGCGAUAAUACACACCAAGCAAGGGCACUGAUGCCGACUCUGAAGUUUAAACUAUUGUGGAAAGUAAAGAAAUGAAUAACACAGCAAAUUCACUUGCAGUUGCCCCUUGUUAGAAUGAUGUUCUCUUUUAAUCAGAACUGUUACAGAAGAAGUAGGAAUAGUAUACAAACACUGUCUUGUCAUUUUCUUAUUCUAUUUGCUUAAAGCAUAUUGUCUCCCAUGGUUAUGCACUGAGGCAGACUUUCUGGUAUUGCAGGAAAUGUUCACCCCUCAGCAUUUUCAAACACAAGCACACCCAAGAGAGACCGAAGGUCCACAGGAAGGAAUGAACCAUCCUCAGACACUCCUCAAGAUUCUCAGGUGCUCCCCUCCACCACCAUCCAAGACUUGAAUGUCUUUGUACAGGUACAGUGCAUUGGGAAAGUAUUCAGACCCCUUUACUUUUUUCACAUUUUGUUACAGUACAGCUUUAUUCUAAAAUGGAUUUAAUAAUAAAAAUGUCCUCAUCAAUCUACACACAAUACCCCAUAAUGACAAAGCGAAAACAGGUUUUUUGCAAAUGUAUAAAAAAUUAUCCUUGAUGUUUCUACAACUGAUUGGAGCCCACCUGUGGUACAUUCAAUUGAUUGGACAUGAUUUGGGAAGGCACACACCUGUCUAUAUAAGGUCCCACAGUUGACAGUGCAUGUUGGAGCAAAAACCAAGCCAUGAGGUCGAAGGAAUUGUCCGUAGAGCGCCGAGACAGGAUUGUGUCGAGGCACAGAUCUGGGGAAGGGUACCAAAAAAUGUCUGCAGCAUUGAAGGUCCCCAAGAACACAGUGGCCUCCAUCAUUCUUAAAUGGAAGAAAUGUGGAACCACCAAGACUCUUCAUAGAGCUGGCCGCCUGGCCAAACUGAGCAAUCAGGGGAGAAGGGCCUUGGUCAGGGAGGUGAUGGUCACUCACAGAGCUCCAGAGUUCCUCUGUGGAGAUGGGCGAACCUUCCAGAAGAACAACCAUCUCUGCAGCACUCCACCAAUUAGGCCUUUAUGGUAGAGUGGCCAGACGGAAGCCACUCCUCAGUAAAAGGCACAUAAAUGCCCACUUGGAGUUUGCCUAAAGGCACCUAAAGGACUCUCAGACCAUGAGAAACAAGAUUCUCUGGUCUGAUGAAACCAAGAUUGAACUCUUUGGCCUGAAUGCCAAGCGUCACGUCUGGAGGAAACCUGGCACCAUCCCUACGGUGAAGCAUGGUGGUGGCAGCAUCAUGCUGUGGUUAUGUUUUUCAGUGGCAGGGACUGGGAGACUAGUCAGGAUCGGGGAAAGAUUAAUGGCGCAAAGUACAGAGAUCCUUGAUGAAAACCUGCUCCAGAGUGCUCAGGACCUCAGACUGGGGCGAAGGUUCACCUUCCAACAGGACAACGACCCUAAGCACACAGCCAAGACAACGCAGGAGUGGCUUCGGGACAAGUCUCUGAAUGUCCUUGAGUGGCCCAGCCAGAGCCCGAACAUCUCUGGAGAGACCUGAAAAUAGCUGUGCAGCGAUGCUCCCCAUCCAACCUGACAGAGCUUGAGAGGAUCUGCAGAGAAGAAUGGGAGAAACUCCCCAAAUACAGGUGUGUCAAGCUUGUAGCGUCAUACCCAAGAAGACUUGAGGCUGUAAUUUUUUUUUUUUUUCACAUUUGCAAAAAUGUCUAAACCUGUUUUUGCUUUGUCAUUAUGGGGUAUUGUGUGUUAAUUGAUGGGGGGGGGGGGGGGGGGGACACGACAAUUUAAUCCAUUUUAGAAUAAGGCUGUAAUGUAACGAAAUUUGAAAAAAGUCAAGGGGUCUGAAUACUUUCCAAAUGCACUAACUGCCAAAAUAAAGGAAACAAAUGAGUAAAUGAGGGAUGUAAAGUAUAUUGAAAGAAAGUGCUUCCUGAGUUAGUUAAGCAAUUAACAUCCCAUCAUGCUUAGGGUCAUGUAUAAAAAUGCCCAGUUGCCCAUUAUGUUGUUACCAUGACUAGAAGAGGUCUGUGACUUUGAAAGAGGGGUCUCAAAUGAGCAUAGGGGAUUUAAAGUGUGUGUGUGUGUGUGUGUGUGUGUCUCAGUCACCAGAGCUCAACCCAAUUGAACACUUAUGGGAGAUUCUGGAGAGGUGCCUGAGACUGCAUUUUCCACCACCAUCAACAAACACCAGAUGAUGGUAUUUCUUGUGGAGGAAUGGUGUCGCAUGCCUCCAAUUGAGUUCCAGACACUUGUAGAAUCUACGCUAAGGCACAUUGAAGCUGUGCUGGCAGCUCGUGGUGGCCCAACACCCUAUUAAGACACUAUGUUGGUGUUUCCUUUAUUUUGGCAGUUAACUGUAUGUUUUAGUCAAUUAGAAAUUUGACUGAUGCAGUAUAAUGAAACUCGUUUGAGACCCAGUAUUUUAAUAUGACAAGCUUAAAUGUUUUCUGAAAUAUUGUUUUAUUUGUGCAGGAAUCUGAAGAUUGUACUCCUCCCAAUAAGAAGGGGAAGUUGGAAACUCCCUCAGAUUUCCUCAAAACCAGCUAA